ACCAGGAACGCAGAAUUAUUUUCAUAUGAUAUCAUUUUGGUUCCAGUCCGUGUUGACCAGGUCCAGGUGUAUAGCCAUAAUUGAUCUAAAAAAUAAAAAAAUCAGAUAUUUUGAUUCCAUGGGCCAACCAAAUUCUCAUUUGUUAGAAGUACUUGAAGCUUAUUUACGAAAUGAAUCAUUAGAAAAGAAAAAGGAACCACUAAAUCCAGAGAUAUUCACGAAGGAAAAUGUUGUGUUCCCCAACAAACGAACGGAAGUGAUUAUGGAGUGUUUAGUUAUGUUCGUACUUCUACUGACAAUGACUCCAACUAUAGGGUAUCUAACAGUCCACGAAAUCAACGAACAAGCCAACUAUGUUGAAAUCAAGUUGGCCAACGCAUACGUAGUGACCAAAACAGACAUAACAAUAUAUAUAAUUAACACCCAAAACAUCCUGAACGUUAUUAAUAAGUUCUCAACCAAUGUAGACUCUUUAGAUAACCGCCUUGAAAACUUACUGUUGACAGAACUUAAACAUCUGACAUACAAAGUUAAGACAAUAAUGCCUAGACAAACUCCUCCUACAAACCGACAGAAACGAAGACUCAUUAACCUGAUUGAUAUUUAUAUGAACUAUGAAAAACCCUAAAUGAAUUGACUAUAAGCAAACAUUGCAUAUUUCGACAAAAUUUUAAACUAGAAAAAAA